CCCUCUAUCCCCAACCGACUCGCCCUCACUCUAGAUAUUCUUCAGCAAAAUCCCAAAUUACACUCAAAAUAAUCCCAGAUUAUUAUCAGCAAAACGAUCUCCUUAACUCAAUUCUCUCUCAUCCCUUUCAAGUUAAAUGGGAAAUCUGGAGAAUCACAUAAUUCUCACUUCCACCGCUAAUUUCAUCUUUAAUUACAAGCACAUUUGGAUUUCAAGAUUUGAUUUUGUAAUUGCAAUAUUGAAGAUUCAUUCGAACCCAAUCGCAACACCGUCAACAGAUCCAUCGCCGCUAAUUUCACUGAUGAGAGAAGGCAGACUGCAAGGGGUUGGUCAAUGCCUAAUCUGCGAGUUUAGGAUGGUUUUCCAUGUUCUGCAAGGAGAUGUCAGCAAAGAUUUCUUCGAGGGUUGCCGAGCAAUCUUUGUUGACAAAGACAAAAAUCCUAAGGUUACUGGUUUAGUGGAAUCCUUUGCAGUUGGAUCUGAUUAGUGGUCUUGGCUUUGUUGGUCCAUUCGGUCAUUUCUGGUGUGUUUGCCGUCUUUUCCUCUUGGUUUUGGCUGAAAAUGUUGUUGCACGAGAGUUUAUAAACUAUUUCAUUAGAUUCGAUGUCCUAUCUGCAAGGAAGCAUACAUUUUUAAUUAGUUAUAUUAAUUUCAGAAUCUUUCGUGCUGUUUACACGAGAUUUCGAAUGUCUGAAAUGUUCAUAUUUCUCCUCGAGAACCAAUCAAUUCGGAGUGGGACUACUCUUUAUUUCUUAAAAUUUUGAAGUGAUUAAAAUCUAUAUAUUGUUUAAUUUCUCUUGAUACCUGAU